AUGACUCAAGUGCUCCGGGUCGAGAUGGCGCGUUCCUCUUGUAUGGACGUUGUCGCCCAACAUCUCGAGAUGAUAUUCUGUCUGCGCUCCCUCCGAGAUACGCAGUCGAUCGCUAUAUCUCCCGCUACUUCAACUACCUGGAUCUUGUCUCAGCCGUACGAGCUCUUCUGGGCUGACCCUUCGACCGUCCCGAUAAUAUGGGUCGGACUGCUUUUCAGCAUGAUAUGUCUUGCUUGUCUGGCAUCGAAUCAGCCUGAUAACUCCGACACUGAGCUACUGUCCCGGCAGAUUGAUCUCUAUCGUGAAAAGACCGUUCAAUGUUUGAUCAUGGGCGAAUAUACGAAAUCGGGUCCAUAUGUCCUGGAAACGAUCAUCAAUUAUAUCUAUGCGGAAUUCUGCGUUUGUACGGAUGCGAACAGAGAUAUGUGGUACCUCCUCGCUAUGGAAGUCAAUCUUGCGAUGCGCAUGGGUUACCACCGUGAUCCUAGUCACUUCCCCGGAAUCUCACCCUUCCAUGGUGAAAUGCGGCGGCGAGUCUGGGCAACUGUGCUCAUGAGCGACAUCAUGAUUUCAAGCCAAAUGGGGAUGCCGCGGAUGAUCUCGGAUUGGAAGUGUGAUACUGCUGAGCCAAGGAAUUUGAACGAUGCCGAUUUUGAUGAGGACACCAAGGAACUACCACCUCCACGACCAGAAACUGAACUUACGACCGCUCUGGGGAUUAUCGCUCGCAGACGGAUGUUGAAGGCACUCGGUAUCAUUGCAGAUCUCGCAAGCAGGGUCAAGCCUUGCUCCUAUGAAGAGGUUAUGCAGGUGGAUCGUAUCCUGCAUGAUGCCGCUGCUAGCAUCCCAGCACCUCUGAAGUGGAAGCCGAUGGCGGCGAGCGUAACUGACUCUCCACAGGUCAUUAUAGCUCGUUUAUUCAUCAGACAUAUGCUCUACAAGGGCCAGAUUAUGCUACAUCAGCGAUUCUUGUGUAUGCCGUCUUCGUCUGGCAAGCAGGACGGCUUUGAUUACUCGUGGCAAGCAUGCAUUGAUGCGUCGAUGGGCACUCUCGAGCUUCAGAAUGUGCUUGAUGAGGAAACUUGUGCCGGAGGUCAACUGCACGAGAUGCGAUGGCGAGUCACCUCGCUGAUGAAUCAUCAGUUUCUUACGGCAGCAAUGAUCUUAUGCUCCUUACUCCAUAAUGGACGAACCAGAGAGAGGAACGAUGAAAUUCGACGUGCGCUACAACGCGCCAGAGGGAUCUGGAUGCGUAGAAGCUCCACUUCGAACGAGUCAAAGCGAGCUGCAGACACUGUUGGUAUUGUCCUUUCCAGGAUGAGGGUUGGUGGGAGAAGCGAUCCCAACCUUAAUGCAGAUUCGGGCGAUAGCCUGACUGUACCUGACGCGAGCGGUGACUUUGGUUUGGUGCCAAUUAACGCCAUACCGGGGAAUAUGAGUUUCCAUGACGCUGACCAGUUUAUCAUGCCAGGAAUCCUGGGAGCUGGUAUUUCACCUGUUCUAGAGGAUCAAAAUGUGAUUUACAAUGCCCAUAGUACUGUCCCUCCUGACGACUGGAUGUUCAUGCAUUGGGAUAAUCCUGGAGGGAUAUAUCACGGUUGA